AUGCGUACUAAUACUGUAAAUAUCGAGAUUAUUUUUCAGCAGUCAUCCGAAGAAUCCAACGACAGCACUAAUGACAUUUCGACGGGUGAUAACGACGAAAAUGAACCAGUGAUUAAACCAGAUAUUACCGCACAACAAAUUAAUUUCCUUCAAGAUCCAGUCGCAGUGACUCCACGUGGCAAAGAGCCUUCCGAAGAUGUGCAACCGGAGCAAGUAGUCAGCUCAUCCCAAGAAACAACCGAUGAUGCGCACAAUGAUGUGAUUCUGGGGACUCCACGGACGCUGCUUCUCGAAGCACCUCAGCUAGCACCAGUGCAAGCAGUAUAG